AUGAAGAAUAGGGGGGUUUACGAAAAUGUGUUUUUAAUUAUUGAAGACUAUAAUUUUAUUACAUAUACAAAAACUAAUGGAAGGAAAAUAUCUUGGUAUGCAAAAAAUAAAAAAUUUAAUAACUUCAACAUUGGAACAUAUUUGUACAAACUAUUGAAGAACUAUAAUGCUAGUUUUAUAAAUAAAAACAAAAUCUUAAAAUCAAUUGUGGAAUAUAAAUUUUAUGAAAAAAUAGUGAAAAAUGUUAAACUCAUAGUUAAAUCAAUUAUUAAACUAAAAAACAAAGUUGAAAAUGUCUACUUGCUUAUAAAAUUUGCUAGUUCAAAAUGUAUUUUAAAAAUGUCUACCUUUUAUUAUUUAAAAUAUAUAAUUGAACAAAUUUAUCAAAAAAAACUAGAGAAAAUAAUUCGUGUCGUUUUACCAAUAUCAGAUUUACACAAAUUAUACUCGUAUAUAUUUUUUCAAAACUUUUCAAUCAAUAAUUAUUAUGAGCAUACAUUAUCAAAAAGCAUUUUAAAUGAGCUUAAAAUGCAUUAUGGGACAUUUAUUAUACUAAAUAAACAUAGCAAAACUGUUACACAGGUAUAUGAAAAAAUAUACGGGCUUGACUUUAUCAACCAUAGUGAUGAAAAAUGUAAAUCAAAGAAGAAGAAAAAACAAACUUCCAACAAUAUUAUCAAUACUAACAAUGAUGACAACAAUAAUACCUCCAUUAAUAUAAAUGAAGUUCCUAAAGCUUCUGAAAAUAGUAAUACACAAAAUAUGAAAAAUUGCAAAGAAUUAAAACAAGAAGAGGUAAAUGAUUCAUGUAUUAAAAUAAAUACAAAAACAAGGGAUACUUUAAAAUGUUUGAAAAUGACAAAAGGUGGGUGUAGAAGUAAAUAUAAAAAAGGAUCUGACAUAAAAAUUGAAAAGUAUAAAAUUCAAAAAACAAUAUACAAAAGCUUAAAUAAAAACGAUAUAGGUCUAUUUGCAGGAACUUUUGAUAAAAUACAUAUGGGACAUACACUUCUUUUAUUUUAUUCAAUUUUUUUAGCCAACAAAUUUUUUUAUAUUGGAUUAUAUAAUAAUAAAAAUAUUUAUAAAAAAAAAUACUGUGAAGAAAUUGAUGAUUUAAAAUUAAGAGUAUUUGAUAUAUAUGAUGUAUUAUUCUUAAUAUCAAAUGUUUAUAAUAUACAAUUUAUUUUUUAUAAUUUUUAUAGCAUAAUACCUUUUAUAAAAAUUAAAAAUUCACACACUAUUUUAUAUCAAAUUGCAAUGAAAAAUAACAAAAAUAAACCUAAAGAAAUAUCGGAAUCGUAUCGAGACAAAUACAGAAAAUACAUAAGCAAUAGUUACUACAGAACUUCUAAUAAAUUUAAUCAAGAAAAAGAAACAUGUUUUGUAUCAAAAUCUACUAAUUUUCUGAAAAAAAAAUGCCAAUCUUUAAUAAAAACAAACAUAGAAAAAUUAUGUCAGGAUGAAAAAUGGAAAGGAAACAAGUUUCUAUGUUCAAAUAAAUACAAGAAAAAAAUUUUUAAUUAUUUACAAUUCCAUAUUAAUUACAAUAAAAAUAAAAGUGAAAAAAAAAUAAUAGUUUUAAAAAGGAUACAUGAUCCAUUUUCGUUUUCCCUUGAUAUUCGAGAUUUGUUCUGUUUGACUAUGUCUAAAGAAUCAGAAGCUAAUGGAUAUGAUAUUGCCCAAAGAAGAAAAUUAAUAUUUCAAAAAAAUAAAACAAGUCUUACUAAGAACGAGCAAAUCAAACAUAAUCUUCAGAUUGCAAUAGACAGCAAUAAUAGGAAUAGAGAGAAUGAUAUUGAAAAAAUAAAAACAUGUUUAAAUAUUUUUGAUACAAUAAACAUAUCUAGUAGAGAAAAAAUUAGUUCGACAUUAAUCAGAAUGGAAAAUAGCACAUAUAGAAAAGGAAAAUUUUCUAAAUAUUUAAAAUAUUUUAUUAAAGCAUGCUUAUAUUUUAAUAUAAACCAUUUUCUCACACAAAUGCAUGCUGAUAUUUUUUUGAAAAAAAGUGGAAGAAAGAAUUUCAAAAAGUUAUACUUGAAUAGAAUUAAAAGUUAUUUUUGUAAGCAAAAAAAAAGUAAUUCUAAUAAGAAUGGAGCUAAUAAAAAUGGAGGUAACAAAAAUGACAAUUUCAUCGUUAAUGAUUUUUUCAGACACCUAUUUGUUUUGAUUUCUUUUUUUAUAAAUCAUUUUUCAAACAAAUAUUAUACAGAAAAUAGAAUCCAAUUCUUUAUAAAAAUAUCCGUCACUCUUUCUUUCUUUUUUUAUAAUAAUAUACUUUUACAAAUAAUAAAAAAAAAAGAACAAUUUAUAAACCAAAAUUAUAUAAUUAACAAUAAAAUUAUAAAACAAAAAAAUAGUUCAUUUUGUACAAACUAUGAAGACAUAUUUAAAAUUUAUAUCAGUAAUAUGAAAGAAACAAUUAUGGAAGAAAUUGUUAACCAAAUUCUUAUACUUAUACUCAUGAUUUUGUCUACUUCAAUUAUAUGCAAAAUGUUCCAUUUUGAUUUGUUUCCAAAAGUUAAUUCAUCAAAACAUGUCACAAAUUUGAAAGAACUAUCCAAUUUGACAAUAGUGAAAAAAAAAAACAAUAACCCAGAAAAAAAUGUUCAUCACACCAUUUUGGAAAAUGAACAAUAUACUUUAAAAAAAUAUGAUUUUAAUUUAUAUUUUUCAAAUAAUUUCAAAAACAAAAAAGGAUUUUAUCGAGGUUCCAUUAUAACACCAUAUACAAUGUGUAACUACACAUUAAUGAGAAAAUACAAAAAUAAAAAUUAUAAUAUGCCUCCUUAUCAAUAUUCCAAAUAUGUAGAAAAGGGUAUACAAAAAAAAGAAAACUAUUUACAUUUAAACAUCAAAAACAAACCAAGUAAUAAUAGUAAAUCACCAAAUGAUGAUAACAAUGAUAAUAUAAAAAAAAGAGAAAAUUUUACACACAAUUUUCAUUUUGUCUGUUCAAAUAAAAAAGGUAUACAAAUUAUAAAUAACUUAUAUACAAUAAAAAUUAGAGAAAAAAAGGAAAAAUUCAAUGAUCAAAAUAAGCUAAGUGAAAAUGAUAUUAUUAAUUAUGUUACAAAAAAUAGUUUAUUAAACAAUAUUUAUAAUGAAAGAUUUAAUUAUUUUAUUAAUAUAAACAUAAAUAAUAAUGAUAAAAUAACGUUAUUUCGAAAAAUGCUAAUUUACAAAUUUAUAGACAAUUAUUUUAUUUCAUUUUUUUCCUUUUAUUUCUUAAAUUAUUUGAUUAACGAAGAAAAUAAAGAAAAGAAAAAUACCUACAAUAUGAACAUAAACGAUUUUGUGUUUAUUUUUUUGGUACAUUUUGAAACACAUAUUGAAAUGAUUAUUAAUAGUUAUAUUAAAAAACAAUGGGGGUUGAAACAAAAAAAUGAUUAUGAUACGUUCUACCCUUUUCUUCAAUAUCAAAAGAAAUAUUCCAUCAUCCAUAAAUAUAUAUAUAUGAAUUUAUCACCACUAAAUGAUUAUAAUAUAGAUUUUGAAAAAAAUUACGACUUUAAAAAAAAUAAUACUAACUUUAAAAAUACACCAUUUUAUAUAAAAUUAGAGCAUAUGAAAGAUACAAGCAAUUAUAAUGUUUUAUCAUUUUACAACAUAAUUUUUCAACAUAUUUUAACGUAUGAAAAUUAUUAUUACCCUUAUUUUUCUGCAUUAAAUUAUUUGCAUUUAAAUUUAUUAUAA